AUAUGGGCUGAGGUGUGCAUUUCAUGGGAGGUGUAGAGGAUGAUGAACCAGCCUCAAAACGCCUGAAAUUAGCCUCCGGAAGGUUGACAGGUCUUUCCAACGGUUCAUCUUUAACAGAGCCCAUUGUUGGUUCCAGGGAUUUGAUGGCUCGCCCCCCACAAUCUGAAGGGGACAAAGAGGUUCUUGGCUCAAAAGGAGUUAUUAAAAGAGUUGAAUUUGUCAGAAUAAUAGCCAAGGCGUUGCAUUCUCUUGGAUAUAAGAAAAGCUGUGCUCAUUUAGAGGAAGAGUCUGGGAUACCAUUACAUUCAUCUGCAGUAGAUUUAUUUAUGCAGCAAGUUCUCAAUGGCAAUUGGGAUGAAAGUGUAGUCACAUUGCAUAACAUUGGCCUAAAGGAUGAAAACAUUGUCAAGUCAGCAUCUUUUCUGAUAUUGGAGCAGAAGUUUUUUGAACUUUUGGAUGGGGACAAUAUUGUGGAUGCUUUGAAGACAUUGAGGACUGAGAUUGCUCCUCUCUGCAUUAAUAAUGGUCGAAUUUGUGAACUUUCUUCCUGCAUUAUAUCUUCUACACGUUGCGAUUCAGUUGGUUCUUCCAAUCAAGACAAUGGAAGGAUAAAGCCGCGGUCCAAGCUGCUGGAGGAACUGCAAAAGCUGCUUCCCCCAACAGUUAUAAUACCUGAGAGCAGAUUGGAACAUUUAGUUGAACAGGCACUUACCUUACAACGGGAUGCUUGCUUCUUUCACAACUCGUUGGAUAAAGAAAUGUCGUUAUACUCAGAUCAUCAGUGUGGAAGAGAUCAGAUUCCUUCUCGAAUUUUGCAGAUAUUAGAAGCACAUUCAGAUGAAGUCUGGUUCUUACAAUUUUCACAUAAUGGGAAAUACUUAGCUUCAUCCUCUAACGAUCGAUCAGCAAUCAUAUGGGAGAUUGAUGUAAAUGGUGGAGUUUCUUUGAAGCAUAGAUUAUCUGGUCACCAAAAGCCUGUCUCCUCUGUUUCUUGGAGUCCUGAUGACCAUCAGCUUCUCACUUGUGGGGUGGAGGAGGUUGUCAGGCGCUGGGAUGUUUCUUCUGGUGAGUGCCUCCAGGUUUAUGAGAAAGUGGGCCUUGGCCUGGUAUCCUGUGGGUGGUUUCCAGACGGGAAAUGGAUAUUUUCUGGCAUCAAUGAUAAGAGCAUCUGCAUGUGGGAAUUGGACGGGAAAGAGGUAGAAUGUUGGAAAGGGCAGCGAACUUUGAAGAUUUCUGAUUUAGAGAUAACGAGUGAUGGGAAGCAGAUUAUAAGUAUGUGUAGACCCACUGCAAUUUUAUUGCUUGAUAGAGAAGCUAAAGCUGAGAGGGUGAUUGAAGAAGAUCAAACAAUUACUUCAUUCUCAUUAUCAAGAGAUAAUAGGUUCUUGCUGGUUAAUCUUCUGAACCAAGAAAUCCAUCUGUGGAGUAUAGAUGGUAACAUCAGGCUUGUUGCAAAGUACAAAGGCCAUAGGCGUACCCGGUUUGUUAUUAGGUCAUGUUUUGGGGGACUUGAACAAGCUUUUAUUGCAUGUGGUAGUGAAGACUCUCAGGUAUAUAUCUGGCAUAGAGGCUCGGGAGAUCUUGUUGAGGCAUUGCCAGGUCAUUCUGGAGCAGUUAACUGCGUGAGCUGGAAUCCAGCAAAUCCACACAUGUUAGCAUCUGCUAGUGAUGAUCGUACCAUUCGAAUAUGGGGCUUGAAUUCCCUGCAUGUGAAGCACAAGAGUGCUCACAGCAAUGGCACCCACUACUGCAAUGGAGGAACUUGAAAGAAACUCAAGCAAGAUAUUUUCAGAUAAAUACUUCUUUUCCUUGACCAUUGCUUUCAUGUAUAUACUUUAUUUUUGUUUCCAGCAGACAUUGAAUUCAUAUCAAACAAGCAUGUGAAUUGUGCAGCGACUUUCUGAUAAUAAAUUUCCUUUCAUUUUUAGCGUUG